GCUAUUUUCCUGUGGUGAUCCUAUGUGCAGAAUAUAAAGAGCCACGGCCCACGGCUGACCCUGUGUCUUCUGUUUUGUGCCUGUAGAUAGUAGAUGUCUUUGUCCUGAUACCAUGGGAGAUCAAGACAUGAUGACUGAAGUGCCUGCUGCCCUCAAGCGACUUGCCAAGUACAUGGUGCGUGGUUUCUAUGGCCUGGAGCAUUCGCUGACUCUCGAUGUGCUCAUUAGAUACCCAUGUGUCAAGGAAGAGGACAUCGCCCAGCUCCUCAAGUAUGAAAAGAAGCAGCUUAGAACAAUACUCAACACCCUAAAGGCGGAUAAAUUCAUCAAGUGCCGCAUGCGUGUUGAGACUGGGUCAAAUGGGAAGAGCACCAAACACAAUUAUUAUUAUAUCAAUUACAAAGUACUUGUGGAUGUAGUCAAAUAUAAGCUGGAUCACGUUCGCCGCAAGAUCGAGUCAGAUGAACGAGAGUCCACCAUAAGAGCGUCCUUUAAGUGCCCUGGGUGUCUCAGCACUUACUCAGACCUGGAGGUGAAUCAGCUGUUUGACCCUUUUACAGAACUCUUCCGCUGUACUUACUGCAAUGUGGAAGUGGAGGAGGACUUUUCAUCACUGCCCAAAAGAGACGCCAGGACCUUACUUGCUAAAUUCAAUGAGCAGAUUGAACCAAUUUUUAUGCUGCUUCAAGAAACGGAAGAUAUUGUUCUUCCCAGUGAACUUCUGGAGCCCCAGCCAACAGAAAUUCCAGGGCUCACAGGCAGCUAUGAACAGUUGGCUGGAUCAUCACUUGUGGAUCCACUAGGAAACUUUGGAAAGUGGGCUAAUAAAAACUCGUCCGUGGGCAAUCUCUAUGUCCAAGAUGUGACCAUUAAUGUCCAUGAACUGGAGGUGAAAAAGAUAAAAGAAAAGAAAGGGAAGGAGCAACCUGUCUGGAUGAAGGCUAGCACGGUAUAUGAAGCCCAUCAAGAAGAUAUGACUGACAAUGUCCCUCCUGAUGACCCAGCGGAUGUUGAUGAAAAUGCCAAUAAGAAGGACACUGGUGCUGACAACGAAGUGAUCAAAACUCUCUUAAUCCAUGAACUGAAAUCAGGGUCUGGUCCUGCAGUUACUCAAAUUUCCAAAAGUGAUUCAGACAGUGAUACUAGUGAGUCAGAAGAAGAGAAAAAGCGCAUAAAACCGGCACAGGUGAAUCCGGCAACCAGCGCAGAGCAGGUGGAGGAGGUAGAGGCGGUCGAUCCAGUGGUCAUGGUUGGUGGCCAAGCCCACGUCUACAGUGAAGUCAGCCAGAACCCCGGACUGGUGUCUUUUAUGAAUGAUGAGGAGAGAGAGGCGUAUAUCAAAAUAGGACAACAAAUGUUCCAGUCUGCAUUUGAGUGAUAAUUACAAGUCCCCUAUGCAGGCUAGCUAGCCAAUGUGACUAUCCAAAUGAUACAUAUAAGCUAAUAAGUUAGCAGUGUCAUAGUCUUUCUUUAGAAAUAACAUUUACAUUCUUCUAUGAAUGUUAUGUGGUGUAUAUAUUAUUUCCUUCUUUAUAUGUAUACUGGUUUAUGUUCUAUAAAUAAACCCUUACAGCAUGAAGUCUGUCUAUGUUCAGUUACACCGAUCUGCUCUAAUCUUUGAACACCAAUUUAUUCAUGGGGUACCCAUGCACAUUGCGCAUGUCGUGUCCAGGCAUACCAGGAUUAGCCAUCUAAAACUGCCUAAACACCCUGCUUUAGGCAUCCAAACCCAGUUUGGAUGCCUACAGUGCCCAGUUUCAACAUUUUUAUUUUUAAAAAAAAAUUUUCUCACACCUCAGGAGGUAGCAGAAAAAAUAUGUCCUCCACAGCCACUGGGCACCCAAACGGUAGAACAAUUGAAUUGCUGCUGGGCGCCCUCUAGUGGCGGCUGUGGGGAAUUUUUUUUAAUCGGUCCCAUUCAGUAUAUUGGGUGAUAUCACCAACAUGUGCUUAAUUAUUAUACAUAUUUUACAUUUACUACAUUCCCAUGACUAUGGUGUAAUCGCUACAGUGCAUUGCUGUUAUCAAUCUGGUACAUUAUUAUGCAUGAUUAGUAUACUUAUACAUAUUUAUAAAGGGCCCAGACUAUGCACCCAUGCACUCUUAAUAGUUAGUCAAACCUCUGUGGGAGCUUCCAGUCACGGAAGAUCGUGACUUCCGGGAGGAGACGGGAAUAAAGAUAAUCAAGCUUCAACCAUACACUCAAUGCAUCUCCCGGGAGGAGAGGAUAUACUGUGAUAAAACCAUGUCAUUUAGCAAAAACUAUUAGCCCAGUUCAUUCACAGCGCCAAUGACGUCACUUCCGCCAGCCAAAACCGGAAACGGCGGUCACAUGACUUUUUACAUUAUGACCACCAGGACACAGGGGAGCACAAGCCUUGAAAAAGAGACUAGAUGUCUUGAAAUACGUCGGCGUAUUCCACCUGUGGACGCCAGCAGCUUUCAACAGACUACAUUGGGGACUGAAACGUCACCAACUGGUAAAGCUUAGGAGCCAUAUGCAGGGUAAACCAGUUACUGCAGUCCAUUCCUGCGGCUCCUUCACACCAGAUGUGGUAUGCCCCAAUUUUAUGUCUUUUAUGUCCUUUGCAAAAGAUUUUAAAGAAUGGAAUUUCUUUUAUUUUCAGUUUUUAUGCAUUGUGUAUUUUUAUCUGUUAUGAUUUGCUCAUUAAAUAAGGUAUUGUGAAUA